UGAGGUUAGGUUCCUUUGGUAACUCAUCAACGAAACCUCAUCACACGUGGUUUUUCGGUCUGCUUCUUGUAGUAUUUGCUCUGAAACUAAUUUAAGUUUAAUCCUCGAUUCUCCUUAUCCACAGUGAUAAUUGAAGGCGUGUGUUCGGCAUUUAACAAAAUUAUAAGUAGCCAUCCGUGAUAUAAGAGGCUUCACUAUGAGCAUUCUAGGACAGAAGGAUGAAGUAAUGGGUGAAACACCUGCACCCAAAGCAGUGAAAGGGAAGCAAGCCAAGAAAGAAGGUGUCAAAACUCUUGCAAAAAAAACAGUAUCAACUAAGAAAAAUAAACCCAAUAAACAGAAGAAAAAAGAAAGUAAAUCAGCAGUUUUGUCUGAGAAAAAAAAUAGUAUGAGCAGUUUGAAAGUAUUAAAAAAUCAACUUUGGAUGAAAGUUGUGAAAGAACUAGCUGGCAGGGCUAAUCUGAUCCCAAUUCAUCAAGAAAUUUUAAAAAAACUUGUCGGUCGCACAUGUGUACCCCAACAUAAGGAUCGAUUUGGUACUUUCGUGGGAAGCUGUUUAAAGAUAGACAAAGAAAAACACGGAGCAUCCAUUGGUGAUUUGUUCAUGAUGCUGAAAAAGGCUUUUAAGAAACAUUGUCAGACUGCAGGACUUCAGAAAGCAGCCGUAGCAGCCACUCAAGUGAAGAAAGAAGAGGAGACGAAGAAACCUAGCAAGAAAGUUGUUGACAGAAGUCAUCUGACAAAAAGUCAAAGGAAACGUUUGCGCAGGACUGAAAGGCAGAAACUUGCCCGUGCACGUGAUGGAAUACUUAAGCCAUCAACAAAAAAAGGCAAGAAAUCAAAUCAGAACUCUAAAAGCAAUAAAUCAGUCGGUAAGAAAGGCAGUGUGCAGAAAAUUAAAACACCGAAGAAAAAAGUUAUGAAUAAGGGGCCAAAAAAAGACAAUAAAGGUAAACAAAAUGAAACAAAGGCUGUUAAAAUGGAGGUAGAGUGAUAUGUUUUUAUAAAUAAUAAUGAAUGAAAAACAAAUGAUUAAAUCUUUUGAUUCCUAAAGGUCUUUCUUCGAAGUUAUUCGACUGAGAACAAGUCAUGAAGAAAGAAAAACCAAUGUCUUUUCUGUCUCUUUGGUUUUUCUUCACAUGAUAUUUUUUUAAGUCUAGCUUUCUUCUUAUGAAGAAAGUGUAUUAAAUCUGUUUGUAGGGCGCAUCUUGCUCUGCUUUAGAGAUAAGAAUGCCAUUAACAUCCCUUGACAGUAAAUUGUCAUCCAAUCCUGGAGCCUAAUUCAUCAAGUUAAGAAAUAGAACAAAUGGAACCAAUAAACGCAUAAAAACCCCCCAUGAUAACAUAAGAGAAUGAGGUUUUUGCCUCUUUCUCUCUCUCUCCUCAUCUUUACCCAAUUUCAUUCAAUUUUUGACACAACUUCACACAGUUGUUUGUGCAACUAGAGUUUAAAAAGCAAGAAAAUUUGCUUAAUAUAUCUUUCUCCGGUUUUUGAAACCCUCAAAUUUCAUAUUUUUGCAAAUUAGACAAUUUUUCCUGUGUUUAUAGAUGUCUCUUUAUAUUUCUUUGUGAAUGGACUUUGUCUGCUUGAAAUAUUUGUUCAGGACCAUAAUGUAAUAAUCAUGAAUCACAUGACAAAA